AGUGGCUUAGCCUUUUCUGUCUGUGAGUGGACUAAGGCAAGACGACACACAAAUCUUCUCACAGAUCCAGAUUUUCUCUACAUCUUUCUUUCUUUCACACUUCUUUCAAGCCAUUCCUAUCAUCCUUUCUGGUUCUACUAGUUGGAGUGAUGACAACUCUGAAGGAACUUUGUGGGGGCUUACCUCUGAACCCUCUUCCACCAAACCGUGGCAGAGACCCCAAUGUGCCUCAUGCACCCGUCCGUACCCCAAACCUCACUGCAGAGGAGGAGCGGCUGUCACUGAGGAACGCUCUGAGAUAUUUUCCUCCGGCUCUGCACUCCACUCUGGCUCCAGAGUUUGCCCAGGAGCUCAGGCAGUACGGACACAUCUACAUGUAUCGUUUCUGCCCUUCAAUACGUAUGAGGGCCUAUCCUAUUGAUGAGUACCCCUGUCAGAUACGUCAUGCUGCAGCCAUCAUGCACAUGAUCAUGAACAAUCUGGAUCCUGCUGUAGCUCAGUUUCCACAGGAACUCGUCACCUAUGGAGGGAAUGGACAAGUGUUCAGUAACUGGGCCCAGUUCAGGCUGGUGUUACACUACCUGAGCACUAUGAGUGAAGAGCAGACUCUGGUGAUGUACAGCGGUCAUCCUCUUGGUCUCUUCCCCAGCCUGCCCUCCUCCCCACGCUGCGUCAUCACCAACGGCAUGGUCAUUCCAAACUAUUCCUCCAGGGAGAGCUAUGAGAAAAUGUUUGCUCUGGGAAUCACCAUGUACGGGCAGAUGACUGCAGGAAGUUACUGCUACAUUGGCCCUCAGGGGAUUGUUCAUGGAACUUUGCUGACGGUGCUGAACGCAGGGCGGAGGUACCUUGGCACAAGUGACCUGAGGGGUCGUGUGUUUGUGACCUCUGGACUAGGUGGCAUGAGUGGAGCACAGGCCAAAGCUGCUGUCAUUGCUGGCUGUGUAGGGGUCAUCGCAGAGGUUGAUGAGGCUCCUCUGAAGAAGAGACAUGAGCAAGGCUGGCUGAUGGAGAUAACUAAGGACCUUGACCACUGCAUGCAGCGCAUCAGGCAGGCCAAAAGGUCAAAGAUGGCCCUGAGUUUAGGUUACCAUGGCAACAUUGUGGACUUGUGGGAGCGUUUGUGGGAAGAGUAUGAGCGGACAGGAGAUUUACUGGUGGAUUUGGGUUCUGAUCAGACGUCACUGCACAACCCGUUUAGUGGUGGAUAUUACCCAGUCCAGCUCAGCUUUGAACAAGCCAACCAGCUCAUGAACUCUGACCCUCAGCGGUUCAGAACUGUUGUACAUGAAAGCCUUCGUAGGCACAUAGCAGCCAUUAAUAAGCUGUCUGAGGAAGGAAUGUACUUCUGGGAUUAUGGCAAUGCCUUCCUUUUGGAGGCUAAAAGAGCAGGUGCUGAGGUGCAGAAGAGCGGAGGAGGAGCUACAGAGUUUAAAUAUCCCUCAUAUGUCCAGCAUAUAAUGGGUGACAUCUUCUCUCUGGGGUUUGGACCGUUCCGGUGGGUGUGCACCUCAGGGAACCCUUCUGAUCUGGCUGAGACUGAUGACAUCGCCACCUCUGUGCUUGAAGAGAUCAGUGCCUCUGUAACCGAGAGGGUACGACAGCAAUACAGUGACAACAUCCGCUGGAUCCGUGAGGCUGGGAAGCACAACAUGGUGGUGGGCUCUCAGGCCCGUAUUCUCUACUCAGAUCAGAGGGGAAGAGUAUCCAUUGCCUUGGCUAUAAACAAAGCUGUCGCCGAUGGCAGAGUCACAGCCCCUGUAGUGAUCAGCAGAGAUCAUCAUGAUGUCAGUGGCACAGACAGCCCCUUCAGAGAGACAUCCAACAUUUAUGACGGGUCUGCCUUCUGUGCAGAUAUGGCUGUGCAGAAUGUUAUUGGUGAUGCAUUCCGUGGUGCCACAUGGGUUUCUUUGCAUAAUGGAGGUGGUGUUGGAUGGGGGGAGGUGAUUAAUGGAGGUUUUGGAUUGGUUCUGGAUGGCUCUGAGGAGGCUGGAAAGCGAGCCAGAACAAUGCUGAACUGGGAUGUAUCUAAUGGGGUGGCUAGGAGAUGUUGGUCAGGAAACUCUAAUGCUUAUGAGACCAUCCAGCUCACCAUGGAGGAUCAGCCACAUCUGAGAGUUACCAUGCCAUACCAUGUACAGGAUGAACAUAUACUGUACAAUGCACUGCAUUAAAUAACAACUCACCAGAGCCAUUGCACACUGCGCAGUAAAUUCAUUCAGCUCAAGACAUUUUGAGUAGAUUCAUACUAAGGAACUUUGCAAAAACCCAGGAUAUGAAUGGACUCUAUAAACGCACUGGCAGUAUUAAGUGUAAAUAUAAGUAGGUGAAUUGCUUGCUGACUAAAAAAGCAAUUAAAUGUGGAAUGUUUUAUUAA